AUGGCUCAGAACAAGGAACUUCCCCGCAUCCGGGCAUGUCUCUUCGACAUGGACGGCCUGCUGAUUGACUCAGAGGACAUUUACUCGAGGAUCACCAACGAGGUCCUCCAGAUGUAUGGCAAGCCUAACUUGCCUUGGUCGAUUAAGGCCCAGUUGCAGGGUCGUCCCCAGCCCGAGGCUAGCAAAAUCUUCCACGACUGGGCGAAGCUGCCCAUUACGCCCGAAGAGACCGCGACCAAGCAGUAUUCUCUCCAGGCUGCAUACUUCCCGAGUUGUGGACCUCUGCCAGGUGUCCCUGCCCUGCUCUCCAACCUUGCAGCAACCCAAUCCACAGACCAGCCCUGCCACAUUGCAUUGGCUACAUCCUCCAAUAGCAGGAAUUUCAAGCUCAAGACCGACCAUCUGACCGAUCUCUUCUCUGUAUUCCCUCAAAUACACCGCGUCCUCGGUGACGACCCUCGGAUCGGAAAGGGUCGAGGCAAGCCCCUACCCGACAUCUACCUUCUCGCACUGGAGACCAUCAACCAGGACCUGCGUAGCAAGGGCCAAACCGAGAUCAAGCCCGAAGAAUGCCUCGUCUUUGAGGAUGCCGUUCCUGGCGUCGAGGCCGGCCGUCGUGCCGGUAUGCAGGUCGUCUGGUGCCCGCACCCGGGUCUCCUCGAGGCGUACAAGGGCCGCGAAGAAGAAGUUCUCGCUGGAUUGACGGGAGCUCACAAGGAAGAAGAGAAGAGUGAAGCAGAGAAAGAGGCCGACGAACUGCAGGCAUGGCGUGUCCAGAGUGCUGGUAAGGUUGGCGUGCUGGGCGAUGGAUGGGCACAGCUCUACACCUCGCUGGAGGACUUCCCCUACGCAAAAUAUGGCAUUCAGCUCCCGUGA